AAAUAUUUUAAUGGUGUUAUCUUUUCAGUUCACAAGAGGUCAGCAUUGCAUCGCAGGCAGGCUGUUGCUCUCACUGCAAUACCAACGUAAAAUAUUCACCCACAGAAGUCCUGAAGUAUAAUUCAUCACCUCAUUUGAUGCCGGAUCUGGCGCGACGACCAUUUUUUUUUGUUUUGUUUUUAUUUUUGGAGCGAGAGGGGGCGGGGGGUCAUCCAACCAUCGAGUGCUUGGAUGCGCAUUACGCUCGCGGCCAAAGGGAAUUGGUGCAGUGUAAACAAACCGACUGCGGUAGAAACUAGUGGCACAACUAUGAGCACUCGCUUUCAGAUUCGUAAAGGAUUUUUGGUGUAAAAAUGUCCAUUUAAUCCGUCAGAUGGACCUCGCAACUGACGGCUCCUUAACCACCACUUGAGUCCCGCGAUGACCGACAAGACGGAGGCGGAGGACACCAUCACCAACACCGCGUCCCGCAGCGCGCCCUCGCGGCUCGGCCGGCCGCCCGGCGAGCGCCUCCCUGGCCCGAAGACAAAUGUGUGCUCCCGGUCCUACUUCGUGGUGGUCAUGGUGUUCUUCCACGUCUACAUUAUCAAUGUGAUCGUCCUCCUCUUGUACGUGCACUACAGCAGCGGACAAGAGGACUCCAGGCCGGAUUCUCCUCGCCACGCUCCGACUAGCGACAAGCAGAACGCACAGUCGCCGCGUCCGCCAUCGAAGGCACCGUUGCCGCGUCACAUUUUUCUCCCACGCAUCGAGGGCAUCCGAGUGGGACAUGUUCAGAAGCUGUCAUUAGUACCUGGUAAAGUCCACGAAAUGAGAACCUUGAGUCUGAAACCUCUGCUCUUUGAGAUCCCUGGGUUCUUGUCAGAGGAUGAGUGUCGUAUUGUGAUGCAGCUGGCACAGCUAAAGGGUCUAAUGGAAAGCCAGUUGAUGGUGCAGGACGGCCAGGAGGAGCUGGCCAAAGAGCUCAGUCUUAGCCCAGAGGAGAUCUUCAAUCUUCUCGACAUCAACCAGGACGGACAGCUGCAGCUCCAUGAGAUACUGACUCACUCGCGAGUGAGGGAUGGUAUUUGGCUCACGCCUGAGAAUUUGCAAGAGAUCUACGUCGGGCUCAACGCAGACAAAGAUGAGAAUGGUCUGCUGAGUUUAGAAGAGUUCAGGCUCCUGAGUGUCGAUGCCUUCCAGCGCUUUCUGCUGCAACGGGGGGUUAAAAGGAGCCAGCUGGUGAGGAACAGUCGGCACACUUGGCUAUACCAGGGAAAAGGAGCCCAUCAAGUCCUUCAAGAUAUUAAGACGAGGGUCACUCGUCUUACGCGUCUGCCAUCAAAAUUGGUGGACCUAAGUGAGCCGCUGCAGGUGGUCCGCUAUGAGCAGGGCGGGCACUACCAUGCCCAUCACGACAGCGGGCCCUUCUACCCAGAAACCGCCUGUACUCACACGCGCCUCGCGGCUAACGCCUCCACCCCUUUCGAGACAUCCUGCAGGUACAUCACUGUUCUCUUCUACCUGAACUCUGUUGACGGGGGCGGGGAGACCGCAUUCCCUGUGGCAGACAACAGGACCUUUGAUGAAGUGUCUCUCAUUCAGAAUGAUGUCGAUCUCAUGGACACCAGGAGGAAUUGCGACAAGAGUAACCUAAGGGUGAAACCUACCAAAGGGAAAGCUGUUUUCUGGUACAACUACCUUUCUGAUGGAAAAGGAUGGGUUGGAGAGCAGGAUGAAUAUGCUCUGCACGGAGGCUGCGUGGUCACCCAUGGCACUAAGUGGGUCGCCAAUAAAUGGAUCAAUAUUGAUCCAGAUUACCAGCGUCAGGCUCGUUUCGAGCAGCUGGUGUCCCAUCAGUCAGAGGAUGAGGAUGAUGAAGAUCUGACAGUGAAUUCUGAUAUCCAUCAGGAAUUGUAGCUCAGAAUCCAGCCCACAACACGUUUGGUGACCGCAAGCUGUAUUCAGGGAAUGAGGCCACGGUGGUUUUAUGCAACUUGUAAUGCACUUUUGUCAAACUUUGCUUGAUAUUGUUAUCCUGUUAUUUAUUCAUUUAUUUAUUUAUACGAAUUGACGGUGUAGAGUUAGACUUCCCGUUUUAGGAAUGUUGCACUAAAAAGUCAACCAAAGGAGCUGUGAGAUCCCUUUGCAUGAAUUAGCUUUAGCCUACAUGUUUGCCGUUGCUAUGAAAUUGCACUUGACAGGGAUUGCUAACAACAACAUUUUAGACUAACUUAUUGCUGCCAAGCACCAAAAAAAUACAGUAUGUAGGCACUCUGUACAACGCAUGUUGCCUUGUCUUUGUUCCUUGAAUCCUUUAUUUUGGAUUGUAACACACAAGGUAAUGUUCAUCUCUUCUCUCUUAGUCAUUGUUUAUUUCAAUAUAACUGCUUUAU